AUGGCCUCCCACGAAAUCGUCGAAGUUGUAGGAUCGCCAAAAGUCACUGACGAUAUAGGAUCACCAAAAAUCGUCGAAGUUGUAGAAUCACCAACCGUGAACCACGGCUUUUCCCUACGGCGCAAUUCUUUACUCUAUAUUCGUUCAUCCAUCAAAGAGAGAACCUUGUAUAUAAAAGAGAAUGUAUCUAUAUCGGAAUUAAGUGGCAGUCUUGGCGAUUUAGGCACCUUACUUCCAAUAUUAGUAGCCCUUUCAAUUACCGGACAAGUUUCUUUGACUUCGUCGCUUAUAUUCGGAGGUCUGUGGAAUAUCCUUAGUGGUUUGAUAUUUCGAAUCCCCAUGUGUGUUCAACCUAUGAAAGCUGUUGCAGCUGUGGCAAUCUCGGCACAUUUAUCAAUAGGUGAAGUCAUGUCGGCAGGAAUUGGUGUUGGGGUUAUGAUAUUUUUUCUUGGCAUCACUAGAACCAUUAAAUUCAUCGAAAAGUGGACACCCGUUCCAAUAAUCAGAGGUAUUCAAUUGGGAGCAGGCUUAACGCUAAUCAUAAAAGCUGCUUCUCUGGUUCAAAUAAAUGUAAUCGCCCUUAUAAAAGUCUUUAGUUCUAAUAGUAAAUUACCAUCAAUCUCAUUGAAUCAUCCUGAAACUGUUGUCCCAACGCUAGAAGAAUUUAAAACCGGAUUUCUUAAUGCAUCUCUUGGCCAACUUCCACUGACAGCGCUCAAUUCUGUUAUCGCAUUGGCGGCAUUAGCUGAUGAUUUGUUCCCGGAACGGUCCUCAUUGAACACCGUUGAAAGAAUUUCAAUCUCCAUCGGACUUAUGAACGUAGUUGGAUGUUUUUUCGGCUCUAUCCCGUAUUGUCAUGGAUCAGGCGGACUGGCUGGACAAUACCGUUUUGGCGCAAGAUCCGAAGUUAGCAUUUUGAUUCUUGGAUUCUUUAAAUUAAUCCUGGGGAUAUUAUUUGGAAACACUUUAACCAAACUUCUAGGUUCCUUCCCUAAUUCAAUUCUUGGUGUAAUGCUAUUUGUUUCUGGUGCGGAAUUAUCAUCUGCAGCUCGAAGUUUCAUGAACACUUUUGAUAAGCGUGAUGAUGAUGAGGCAAGAAAGAAGAAUUUUCUUCUAGUGAUCGUAACAGCUGGAUUAUUGGUCGGCUUCCAAAAUGAUGGAAUUGGCUAUGUUGGUGGUAUGCUGGUUAGCCUUUUGCUUUAUAUUACUCGCUUUUUGAUUCCAGGAAAUAUAAGUAUAUGA